AUGGUGCGUUUGUAGAUAAAAAAAAUGCUACAAAAAAAUCGAUUUUCAGGCUGGAGCUUUUUUGUUUCUUGUAUUAUUAACUAUUGUGAUUAUUGUAUUGAUUGUUGUUGCAUCGGUUUUUUGUUGUAAGUUGGGAUAUUUUCAAAAAAAAUUCGAAAUUUUUGUGUCAAACUACAAUUACUGUGGUUUAAAAUUUCAUAGUGUAAGGAUUACUGUAGCUUGAGGCUGUUUCAGACUGCAAAGAAUACUGUAAUUGAGAAUAUCAAGCUGAAAGGAUUACUGUAAUUAAAAAAUUCAGACUGCAAGGAUUACUGUAGGAUUGCUGUAGUUCUACCAAAAAUCUAAGCUUACUGUAGCUUUAAAAUUCCAAUUCUGGAACCCAAAAAUCUAGGAUUACUGUAGCUCAAAAAGCUCCAAAUUUCCAGGCUGCUUGGGUUGUUGCCGUGGAAAUCAGAACAAUUGGAAUGAUCAGCCGCAAGCACCGGCUUAUCCACCACCAACACCUCAAGUUUAUCCGCAGCCUCCCGGACCUCCUGGACCUCCGCCACAGUAUCCGCAAAGUCCGCCACCACCGUAUUCAGCUGUGGCUGCACCGGCAGCUGAGAAACCUCGGAGACAAUGA